AUGGAGGUGGCAGCGCCAAAACCGGGUCUCUCGCUCGCCGCUCCGGCAGAGCAUCGAGGGGCGGUCGGUCGCACCAUGCCGACCGACCGUGUUUUACAUGCCGGAGAAUUGUAUCGGCAGCGAAUCGACGGAGAUACUUUAAUCGCGAUAUUUCCGCGCUUAAUCGGAAGACAGGCUGUCCGUCCGCGCCGUGACCCGACAGUUCGCGCGCACGUUAAUCGGACAGCGCGAUGA